UCGAAUAAGUGACUAUUUGUGUAGGUAUUCGCAUGAGUUCAGGUUGGAAAGGGGUUUCCCAAGGCGUGGGAAUCUUGAUUUUUUCCGCAUAAAAUCGCCCAGGCCGAAGAAGUCGAAGGCAUUCACUAGAUGAAGGACUAAAGAUAGAAAUGAAUUGUCGCAUUUUAUUCGCAGUUGCUAGUGUGGUGGUAACGAGUGUUAGUUGUUAUGGGUAUGGGCAAAGGCGCCAGUCAGGUAAGUGGACUAUUUGUGGGAAAAUUGGGCUUAACGUGUGCGUUUUUCCAUUAGUGAACGAUCAUUUGGAAGCACAAGCGAACAGAGAGUUUGAAGAUCCGCGUUUGGACUUCCAGAUAGGACAUUUUCUGCCUUCCCAAAGGCUGACUGACUAUGGAUUUAACCCCGAAUAUUCAGAUGUAAAUGAGAAUGAAGGGAAUAACGGAAAAUUUGAGAUUCCCUGGGAGGACGAAGAGACUGGAGACGUUGGAGACUCUUGGAAAACCCCCUUCUGGAGGCAUUUCAAAACUAAUGAAAUUCAUGAUUUCCCACAUCAUUGUCAUCACAGCCCAGAGUUUCACCGCACUCACUCGCCAACUUUUCCUUGGCAAGACCGACCACAAGCCCUAAAACCUUCAAUAAUCUCUGCAACACCCACCACUGAAUCAACUACGACUACUACCAUGCAAAGCAAAGUGCCCAAUAUCGACAUAAGAUUAGGCGCAAGCAGUGAAAAUGACGCAGAAUAAGUGAUUCGGAGGACUUUUUCAAUGAACUGAUUCCCACAAAU